UUGUCUUCUGACAUCAUUUUAAAUGAUGAAUGAUGUGGGGGAAAAAAACUGUUGUCUAUGUGUGUUUUUGGUUUUGCUGAGGAGUCUUCUGGUUUUGCUGGUCAAGGUUCUGGUUUUGCUGAGGAGGGCUCUGAUUUGGCUGAGGCAAGUUCUGGUUUUGCUGAGGAAAGUUCUGAUUUGCCUAAGGCAAGUCCUGGUUUUGGUGAGGAGGGCUCUGAUUUGGCUGAGGCAAGUUCUGAUUUGGUAGAGAAGGGUUCUGAUUUGGUAGAGGUAAGUUCUGGUUUUGGUGAGGAGGAUUCUGAUUUGGCUGAGGAGGGCUCUUGUUUUGCUGAGGAGGGUGCUGAUUUGCCUGAGGCAAGUCCUGGUUUUGGUGAGGAGGAUUCUGAUUUGGCUCAGGAGGGCUCUGAUUUUGCAGAGAAGAGUUCUGAUUUGGCUGAGGCAAGCUCUGAUUUGGUAGAGAAGGGUUCUGAUUUGGCAGAGGUAAGUUCUUGUUUUGCUGAGGAGGGUGCUGAUUUGCCUGAGGCAAGUCCUGGUUUUGGUGAGGAGGGUUCUGAUUUGGCUCAGGUGGACUCUGAUUUUGCAGAGAAGGGUUCUGAUUGUGGCUGAGGCAAGUUCUGGUUUUGAGUUAGCUCAUUCAGUAAUUCAGUGUCUUCUUCCCUGAUUAAGUCAUUCAUUGUUUUUGACAACCUAUACCAGUCCAAAUCACCCUUUCUUGGUUCAUU